AUUCGCCCCCCCCCCCCCCCCCCCCCCCCCCCCCCCCCCCACCCCCAUCCCCCCAACCGGCCGCCGCCGUCCAGCCUCCCCGCCGGAAUUCGCCGCCGCCAUGGCCCGCCUUAAACCCUGAUUCUCGGACUCUUCCCCCACUCGUGGUCGCCUUAUUUGCUUCUAUUGGUUGUGCGGACAUUGAGCUGCGAGCCGUGGCCGGAAGCUAGAGGGAGGGAGGGAGGGAGGGAGAGAGAGAGUCCGACGCUGACGGAGUGAGAUGUACGCGAUGCCUCAGCCUCAGAGACCCGAUCCGGGGUCCGGAUCCGGCGAUCUGCGAGUUUACCAGACUUGGAAAGGCAGUAAUAUAUUUUUUCUUCAAGGCAGGCUUAUAUUUGGUCCAGAUGUAAGGUCACUUGGCCUUACAUUAUUCCUUAUUGUUGCCCCAAUUAGCAUCUUCUGCAUCUUUGUUGCCAGAAAGUUGAUGGAUGAUUUUUAUGGAAAUUGGGGAACAUCUGUAAUGGUUGUUGCUGUUGUAUUUACAAUUUAUGAUUUAGGUCUUCUGCUGCUAACUUCGGGAAGGGAUCCAGGUAUCAUUCCACGUAAUGCACACCCUCCUGAGCCAGAAUUUGAUGCGAAUACAGAUACUGGAGCUGCACAAACCCCACAGCUACGAUUGCCUCGUAUUAAGGAAGUAGAAGUUAAUGGGGUGACAGUGAAAAUCAAGUACUGUGAUACUUGCAUGCUCUAUAGACCUCCUCGGUGUUCACACUGUUCAAUCUGCAAUAACUGCGUAGAACGAUUUGAUCAUCACUGCCCAUGGGUUGGGCAGUGUAUUGGGCUGCGGAACUACCGGUUCUUCUUCAUGUUCGUCUUCUCAACAACCCUCCUCUGUAUAUAUGUCUUUGCCUUCUGCUGGGUCUACAUCAGGGAGAUCAUGGGAUCAGAGCAAACAUCAAUGUGGAAGGCAAUGAUCAAGACUCCUGCCUCAAUUGUUCUAAUAAUCUACACUUUCAUAUCAAUGUGGUUUGUUGGAGGCUUGACUGCCUUCCAUUUAUAUCUCAUCAGUACAAAUCAGACCACAUAUGAGAAUUUCAGGUACAGAUAUGAUCGAAGAGCCAACCCUUACAACAAGGGGGUCGUGCAGAAUUUCCAGGAGAUAUUCUGCACCAGCAUCGCCCCUUCAAAGAAUGAUUUCAGGGCCUUUGUCCCCAGAGAGCCAGCCCUCCCCACUCGACCAGUUGGGGGAGGUUUCAUGAGUCCUAACAUGGGAAAACCCGUCGAGGACAUAGAGAUGGGGAGAAAAGCAGUUUGGGGAGACAUGAACUCUGGGCUGGACCUAGGGGAAGGCCACAUCAACAUCAAUGAACGUGUCAGCAUCAAGGAUGGAGAAUUAGGGGAAGUGGCAGUGUCACCAGAGAUCAGGACAAAUGUCGAGGAAUCAGGGGAGCGGGUCGGGAUCCAUCACCCGAGGAGGUCAAGCUGGGGAAGGAAGAGUGGGAGUUGGGAAGCUUCUCCCGAAGUCCAAGCCCUGGCUGCCAAGCUCGGGGAAUCAAACCGUGUCAUCGGGAGCAGUAGCAGUGGAGGGAGCUUGAGACAUCCCGAUGACACAAGGCACACGUAGCUCGGGAAGGACGAGAGGGGUGACUCUUUACUGCACUCUAGGAUGUGCCGAGCAAUGUGCGCUUUUCCAUAUUUCCGGGGUUGUUUGGGAUGAUGAUGAUGCAGUCGCGUGAGAAGGAUUGGGCGUUUGUUGUGGUUUUGUGUCGAUAUAUCUGUGCAAAAGAGAAUUAUUCUAGGUGUCCUAAUUAAUUUGCGCUUCUUUGUGGAACUGAUGAUCAGAUGCUGCUGAGGGGAUUGUUUUAAAACUUUGGAUUGAUUUUUUUUUUUUUCCUUCUUGGUAUUGUGUAAUAGGGCGGGCGGGCUGUCUGGCUGGCUAGGUGGAGUGGGCAAUCAAUCUCCUUUCCCUUAUCAGUAGUAGAAAAUUGUAAAUUUGAUGGAAUUUCAUCAAGGGCAUUGCUUGGUAGAGUCGUCGCUUUUCCGAACCA